ACCAACUUCUUCCUGAUGUCCUUGGCAGUGGCCGACCUGCUGGUGGGCCUUCUGGUCAUGCCUGUGGCCCUGGUCACUGUGCUCUACAGUAAGUUUCCGCUACAUGGCUGCCCUCUCACUGUGCCACCAAAAAGGACCACUAGAAACUUUGGACUUGACCACUAGUAACUAAGACCCCACUGAGUUGUCAAAUCUACUGAUCGCAAACAGGAAAUGAGCAGAUCGUGGAACCAAUGUCUUGAUUUACAUUUGAAUGAUCUCAUCCGUGCCAACAACACAGAGAUAGAGAGAAAAAUUUAACUGCGUUACAACGUGAAUUAGGAGUUUGUGCCAAAGAUCAACAUAAAAAGUAGAUCAUGUCAAAGCAAAAAAUUAUAUCAGCAAUAUGUUUCAAUUAAAAUACAAAAAUAAAACAAAUAAAUUGCCUUUAUCAAGAUAUGGUAAAGGCACCUUUGGCAGCAAUUACAGCCAUGAGUAUAUUUGAAUACAUCGCUCAUCUGUACACAGCUAUGUUAGCCCAUUCUUUCUGGCAAAACUGCUCAAGUUCUGUUAAGUUGGAGGGGGACAUUUGGCAAACAGUAACUUUCAAGUCUUUCCACAUACUCUCAUUUGGAUUGAGGUCACAGGACUGUGAAACUCUAGGACAUUCAUCUUUUUGUUUUUCACUCGUGUUGUUUUGACUGUAUGUUUGGGGUCAUUGUCCUGAUGGAAGAUGAAUCCUUCCCCAAUUCCCAGGACUCCAGCAGAUUUUCUUCAGACUUCAGCUGUCCUUAGCUACAUCCAUUGCCCUGUAUCUUCCCAAUCAUACACACCCUGAUGCAGAGAAGCAUCCCCAUAGCAUGAUGCUGCCACAAACAUGCUUCAUGGGAGGGAUGGUGUUUUCAGGAUAAUGUGUGGCUUCCGGCAAUCAUAGAGCCUCAUUUUUGGCCUCAAAGUUGAGCACUAUUUUGUCUGAUCAAACCACAGAAAUCUUCCACUUGGUCCUCAAUGUCCCACAUGACUUCUGGCAAACUCUAGCUGAGAUGUGAUGUCAGUUGUUUUGAAUAAUGUCUUUCUUUUUGCCACUCUCCUAUAAAGGUCACUUCUGUGAUGCAGCGUGGCAAGUGCGCAGUGUCUCCCAGCUCAGCCAUGCCAGACUGUAACUCCUUUAAAGUUGCCUUAAGGUUCUUAGCGGCCUUCUUGCCCAGAUACUCAGUUUCAAGAUUGAUUCACAGAAGAGCCACAUUCUCUCAAUUUCUUAAUUUACUUUACUGUCCUCUGGGGCAUAUUCAAUGAAUUGGAAGUGUUCUUAUAUCUUACCUGUGAUUGGUGCUUUGAAAAACCUUACUUUGGAUUUUCUUUUAAUGUCUUUUCAUGUUCAAGAUGGCAACAACUCCUAUUGAAUCCCAUUCUGAAUUCAUUUUGUAACACAAUGGAAAGGUCCACUGUAUAUACACUGCCUUCGGAAAGUAUUCAUACGCCUUCUCCAGGUUGUGUUGUGUUAUAGACUAUACUUACAAUUGAUUAAACCAUUUCUACAGCCAACCUACCCACAAUGCCACAUAAUGACAAAUCAGAAAUUUAGGCCAAUUUACUGAAAAUAAACAGAUUUCAUGCACAUAAGUAUUCAGACCCUUUGAUUAGAAGUUUGUAGAAGUACAUUUGGCAGCGAUCACAGCUUAGAAGCUCCUUGGGUAUGCCUGUACCAGCUUUGCACAGUUUUUCCUAUUCUGCAGAUCCCCUCAAGCCCUGUCAGAUUGGAUAAGGAACAUCAGUGAACCGCAUUCUUCAGAUCUCCUCACAGAUGUGUAAAAGGGUUCAAGCGCUGACUUUGUAUGGGCCACUCAGGGACAUUCACAGGCUUGUCCCGAAGCCACUCCAGCAUUGUCUUGGCUGUGUGCUUGUCAUGCUGAAAGAUUAAUUAUCACCCCAGUUUGAGGUCAUGUGCUUUGUGGAUCAGGUUUUCAAGGACCUGUCUGCCUUCUGCUCCGUUAACCCUUUCUUAAAUCUCAGCCAGCCUCCCAGCCCCUGAUGGUCAGAAGCAUCCCUAUAACAUGAUACUCCCACCACGUUUCAUCACAGAGACGCAUUAGCCAGGUGAUGAACAGUAAGAACAUGCACUUGGCAUUCAGGACUAAUAGUUUGAUGUUGGUCUCAUCAGACCAGAGAAUCUUUGUCAUCACGCGCUCAGACUAAGGGCCAUUUUGUAAACUCUAUGCAGCAUGUCAUAUGCCUCUUACUCAGGACCAGCCCCCACCUAGCCACUGCCAUAAAGCCCUGAAUAAUGGAGAGCUGCAGAGAUGGUGGUCCUUCAGGUAUGUUCUCACAUCCCUGCAGAGAAACUCUAAAGAUCUGAAAGGUAAAGUGGUCAUUGGGUUCUUGGUCACCACCCUGAUCAAGGCCCUUCUUGCCAGGUUACUUGGUUUGGCUGGACAACCAGCCAAAGGGAGAGUCUUGGUGGGUCAAACCUUUUUUCCAUUUAACCAAAUCCUGGGGAAUGUCAAUUCUUUUUAUAACCUACCCCACACACAAUUCUUAGAUGUCCACAGAUCCUUGGACUUCCUGGCUUAAGCUCCGACAUGCACUGUGAAGUGUGAUACGUUAUGUAGAUAGGCAUGUACAUUUCCAAACAACUGAAUUUGCCACAGAUGGGACUCCAAAACAAGUCAGAGAAAUGUCAAGGAUGAGAAAAAAAAAUAAAACACGGUAUGCAUCAGCGCUCGAUAUGGAGUGUCACGGCAAGGGUUCUGAAUACUGUAUGAACGGUCAAGUAAAAAAUUGUAUGCCAGAAUUUUCUGCUAUCCAUAAACAAAUUAUAGCAGACAAAAAAGGCAAGAGACAGCUAAGCAUACACAAGUUAAUUCCUUCGGCUAUGUAAUCAUUGCCUAAUGACAGCCUUAUCAGACACAAAGAUCUUGAUAACCACGUCUGCAGAGUUUGAGUUAGAAAUGGGAGGUAAGAAGAACAACAAGAGAUUUGCAAGGGCUAACAGGGGUGUGGGUUGAUAUCUAGACACAAGACGGGAAAAAGUGACAUAGCUGGAGAAAUACAGCUGGCCUGCAAGGUGCGGAGUUAAAUACAGCCUUCUGUAUUUGCUGUCUGCUCUCUUGACACAAAACUUCAGCCAGGCAAUUACUUCUCAUUUGUUCUGUUUGAAGUAAACUGCCCUGCGAGAGAGGCAGACACACCAUCUUGUCUUUGCUUAGCAGAGAUCUGACCUCAAUUGCAUUUUCGGAAAACAUAAGGACCAUAUGUGCCGUGCAAACAGCGGGGAAGCCUGCUCCCUUCCAUAACAUCCUAAUGCAUUCCAUUUGGGGCUAGAUGCAAAGUAAGGUCGGAAUUAACAAAAUCAAGAAAUCAUGGCAAUGUGCUUCUAUUUACAGUGUAGAUCAAUCCCAGUGUAUUUAACCUGGACAAAGACAGUAGAACAGUGUAUUCUAGAGGGUGUUAAAUCUGAACCAGGACAACGCGAGUAUAUCCCCGUGUAUUUAAGAGGGUGUUAGUUCUGAACCCAGGAGUAGAUCCAACUGCCUUUCCGACAAAAAGGCCCAUGGCUCCAACUAACACAAGACAAAAAAAUAAAAAAUGACAAGUGUCUCCCCCAAGACGCUGCGUUUGUGUAUCUGUUGUACAGGUGUUUGCAGGGUUUACUUGUGCAGACAGGUGUAUGUCUGAAUCUACUAAAUGUACACAAGAUACGUCAGUGCAGCAGUUGUUCCUCCGCGGAUCCCUCCCGGCAGGACACCACAAAGAGGAGGUCAGGGGAACGUAAACAGACAUAAACAGGAGUUUAGUGUUUUGACACUGGGCCUUUUUAGAGGCACUCAUAGGGAGGGGCAGUUGGAACCGGGAUAGAACCGUGCUGGAGGGGCUGACAACAGUGAGGGGAAACGAGGGGAGGAUCAGCGCUAAAGUUCCACCUGAAAUUUACCAGAGAACAUGUACGACACACUGUAGCAGGGAACAGCGUGUGCAGGCAGAGGAGAGAAAGGCUCAGAGUUAAUAACCAAACAUCACCUGAAACUGUCCAGAGGACGGGAACGACAUGUUACAGAUUAAAGGUUACAUAACCAGUGUAUUGUCACGGCUAAUAUAUCCCUGCCAAGACAGUCCAAACUACAAAUAAACCAAAGGAGUUACAUUUGCUUAAAACAUAAAAAAAAAUAUAUAGGAAAGGUUAGCGGAAGCGCUAAUAACUCUCAGUUUUCGAACAACUCUUCAACUCGCUUUCUUUUGCGCCUGCCUGGAAAAAUCUCUUCCUGUCCAUCUUAAGGUCCAGCUUCGAGAGGAGUUAAAAUCAAUGCACUCGCAUUGGACACCAGCACCUUGUUCGAAAUAUUAAUAAGAUUCACAAACGUAACAGUUACAACCUCCUUCGACAUGAAACCUUUUACUGAGGAGGACAUGGCCAGUGCACAACUUACAGCUAUAAGAGUUGUAAGACAUUCAGACAGCCUGUUCCACAUCUGCCCGGCACAUGGGCAUGACGCUAACAAUCAACACAGUGAAAAUGUAAAUGAGUUCCACUGUUUAAAAAGAUGUGCAGCAGACGGACUACAAUGUUAACCUAAAUAUACUGCCGGAUAAGGCUUGGACGGCCAUAGACAACCAUUAAGAAAGGCUAUUAGACCCUAACCGUGGCGACAUGUUUAUCAAAAGGCAGAGAUAAAUGUUUACUUGAAAUAUAUUUGGGCUUUGGCACAAUCUAGGGGGCACAAGACCAUGCAGCGCCGGAAACAUUGUUCACUUCACCUCCAGAGUAAGCGGAAUAAAAAUCACUAUCACAGGGAAUAGCCCACAUGCCUGUAAGUGUCACAGAAGUGGACAAAACCAGGGGGGAUAAAAGACAGAACAUUCUAACCCUUCACUAAUGAGCAAGAGCCUGUCCAUUCGAUGAUUAAACCUCGGAUUUGCCUCGUCUUCCCAAACAUGACAGUAGGCUUAGAACUCCAAGUGCUCAACCAGAACAGUCUAAGCCCGAAACUUCACCAUAAUUCAUUCGGAGUACCCUGGGAAUUUUCUAUGAGGAAAAAAACACAAUUUUGACCAUCCUCCACAACGAUCAAGUGAACGUUAAGCUUAACACAAAAACAACGCAGUCUAUGAAUAAACACAGCCUUGACCUCAGCACCGAGUAGACAUUGGUAAAGAUGUUGUUAUCACCAUCAAAAGAAGACAAUGAUAACUUUCAUCCAUCAGGACGUCCGCCGUCAAGCAAGGCAUCUUUAUCAUAGAGGAAGAGCAUGUAACUCCCAAGUGCUGAGCGGAUCAACCAUUAAAAGAUCCAGGAUGAGUGUACAAAGGCAGACAAUAUAUAUAGAGAACUCCCAUAUAAAGUAUGGGGCUUCAUAUGCAAUGUGUAAUCAGAAAGUCUGAGAUACAUCAACGGCGCAGGAAAAAAGGGUUUAUAUCCUGGUAUUUACUGGACAUUUUCAGAAGCAAUAAUAACGAUUUUCAUAAUGACAAUAACAAUGCUUGAAGACGUCCGGUUUAACUCCACCUUUGCAGCUCGCCGAUUCAGGGUGGCCUCUUCCGGAGUUCCUCUGUCCAAUCUGGCUCUUCCUGGACGUCCUGUUCUCCACAGCAUCCAUCAUGCACCUGUGUGCCAUCUCACUAGACCGUUACAUCGCCAUCAAGAAACCCAUACAGCACAGCCAGUAUAAGUCCAGGGCCAAAGCCCUGGCCAAGAUAGCAGCGGUGUGGCUCAUAUCCAUUGGUAUUGCAGUCCCCAUUCCCAUCAAGGGGUUGAGAAACUACCAUCUCCCGAACAACGUCACCUUUAACAGCAACCACACCUGCCUCCUGAAACCAGACAGCUUCCGGGAGUUCAUCAUGUUCGGCUCAAUGACAGCAUUCUUCAUCCCCUUGACCAUAAUGAUGGUCAUCUACCUGCUCACUAUCCAAGUGCUGCGCAAGAAAGCCUUCCUGCUUAGGUCGAAGGUCAUCCAGCGCUUCACUCGCCCAGCCAUCUCUACAGUCUUUCAGAGGGAUCAGACCAUGGCUUCUCCUGCAGUUGAGAAACUGCCGGGAAACCCCACCGCUCCCUCGAACCCAGUGAAGUGUGAAGACGUCCCGAUACGUCGCAUGUCCACCAUGGGCAAAAAGAGCAUGCAGAACCUGACCAACGAGCAGCGGGCUUCCAAGGUGCUGGGCAUAGUCUUCUUGCUGUUUGUGGUCAUGUGGUGUCCGUUCUUCAUCACCAAUGUCGCCUCGGUGCUGUGCGGCAGCUGCAACCCCGACGUGAUUGGCCGUCUGAUGGAGAUCUUUGUGUGGGUGGGCUACGUGUCGUCGGGCAUCAAUCCACUGGUCUACACGCUCUUCAACAAGACCUUCCGCCAGGCGUUCACGCGCUACAUCACCUGCGACUACGGCCGAACCGGCAACAGCCAAUCCAGACGCGGGAGCGAACAGCACGGCUGCAGGAAUGUGACGCGGAUCUCCUUCCGUUCAUCAGUGGCGGAGAACUCCAAGCUGUUCAUGAAACGGGGCAUGAAGAACGGAAUAGGGCCGGUGAGCUAUCAGAGCCCACUGAGGCGACGGCAAGCGCACAUGCAGUCCUCCAACGGCGUCUUACUGGAUACGCUGCUUCUUACAGAGAACGAAGACCGCAAACCCGAAGAGCACGUCAGCUACGUGUAGAGUUUUUAUGGAAAAUGCAGAUGCCAAAAGGGAAACAAUCGGUGCCAGGAAGAGACGUGUAGGGGACUGACCAUGUCAGAUUACAUGAACGUUUCUCGCAGUUUCUGCGCUCAUCAACAUAUGAGUGCACUCACAUGAAGGAACGGAAGAGAGAUGGGGAUUUCUGUGAAACUGUUAGGCCAAAAAAAUGAGGCCAUUAAAUUCCGUACAGAGUUGGCUGAACACUAUGUGACACGUGAAAUCAGACCGCAAAAAGGUGCAUUGGGCAUGUGGCCCUGAAAACAAGACCCGAUAAAAGCUCAGGGUGGAUAGUCCUAAAGGAGACAGCAAGCAAAAUAUGAGAGACGACUGUCUGGACACUCUCUUUGUGGAUACACUGUGUAUUUCCAAUGCUAAUCCGGUCACCUUGGGCUAUUCGGGUCCCGGCUAUGGACAAUUUCCAUGGGGAUGACGUGCUUAACUAUCAAGAGGACACACCUCAUGAACUAGCCCUUCAGCAUCUAUGUUACACAGAGCUCAGAAAAGAAAAAAAAUGCUUUAUAAAAUUCCACCCAUUUUAACAAGGUUUUGGUAAAUGCUUUUAUAAAUAUUAAAAACAGCUUUGUUGUAUUGUCACAGGUCUUAUUCUCUCAAAGAGUCACGGAUUCAAGUGGAUUAUGUGAAGUGAACAAAGACAAAAUCUUUGCAAGGGGGAAGCUUGUCAGACAACAGAUGGAUAUGUAUUGAGCAUAAAGUGCUGGUUCAUAAACAUAUAAAACAGCUUGGAUAAAAGGAAAGUGCAAAUGGUAUC